AUGGCAACAAGUAAGGAGAUGAGAAAUGCUUUUGAAGAAAUUGCACCGCCAUGUAUAUCUGCAUCACCUUCGAAGAAGGUGCCCUACGAUGUGUUUAUAAACCAUCGUGGUAUGGAUGUCAAAGACGGCCUAGCUUCCUCAAUCUACAGUGCCCUCAAGGCCAUGGGCCUGCAAGUUUUUCUAGAUAAGGAAAAGCUUGAACUGGGGAAUUUCAUACCCUCUGAAAUAGAAGAGGCCAUGCGUACCUCUUGGCUUCAUAUUGCUAUACUUUCACCUAACUAUGCCAAAUCUGCAUGGUGUUUGGCCGAGCUGUCCGAAAUGCUCAAAACUGGCAAUACAAUCGUUCCUGUUUUCUACAAUAUUGAGCCCAAUAGUGUGCGCUGGAUUAAGUGUGGAAAAGGAAUUUAUGCUGAUGCAUUUUCUCAACAUGAGAGGAACAAGAGAUACACUUCAGAAAAGCUUGAGGCGUGGAAAAUGGCGCUCCACACUGUUUCAUUUUAUUCGGGCCAAAUCCUUCGGAAUGAUAAUGAUGAAGGAAGAUUGUUGAAGAGUAUUGUGAAUUGUGUUAUAAAUCACAAGAAGAAGGAACCAUUAAAUGUAGCCAAGCAUCCAAUCGGUCUUGAUGAGGUGGUACAGGAUUUUGAAAAAAAUGCAAUUGAUUCUUGUAAAACAGUGCAAAUUUUGGGAAUUGUUGGCAUGGGUGGGUCUGGGAAAACAACGCUUGCAACAGAAAUAUACAAUAGAAAAAGUUCAUCUUUGAAUAAGUGCAGUUUUCUUUAUGAUGUGCGAGAUGCAGCAUAUAGAAACGAUUUGCAUAACAAGCAGAAGAAACUAAUGCAAGAUAUUGGGUUCAAUGUUUUUCCAUUUGAUAAUGUACAUGAAGGAAAAGGGAUCUUACAAAACCGUCUAAGAUCUCUUCAAGUAUUUAUUGUUUUAGAUGAUGUAGAUCACCAAGAUCAAUUAGAUGCUCUGUUACCAGGAAUUGAUAGCUUUGGACAUGGUAGUUUAAUUAUUGUCACAAGUCGUGAAUUGGGUGUUCUAAAAUCAUGGGGAAUUUCCACCAUUUAUAAAAUGAAAGAAUUAAAUUUUGACCAUUCCCUGCAACUUUUAUGCUGGCAUGCUUUCCUACAGCCUUCUCCACAAGAUGAAUUUCAUUAUCUUGUUAAAAAAAUUGUCAAAAUUUGCAAUGGAUUGCCCUUGUCCCUUAAGGUAUUAGGAGGCCAACUUUAUGGAAAGCCAAAAGAAUAUUGGAGUUCUCAAUUAGAUAAAGUGUCUAGACUAUUGCCAAAUGAUAUUAAAGAGAGCUUAAAAAUAAGCUUCCAUGCACUAGAUGAGGAGGAACAAGAUAUAUUCUUAGAUAUAAGUUGUUUCUUUAUUGGAGAAGAAAAAAGUUUAGCUCUUGCAGUGUGGAAUGGUUUGGGAUUGAGUGGGUUGCAUAGCUGGGAAACGCUUGAGAAUAAGUGUUUGGUUGAGAUCAAUGAGAAAAACCACAUCAGAAUGCAUGAUCACCUCAGAGAUAUGGGAAAACAAAUUGCAAAGGGAAAGUCACCCUACCGUCUUUGGUCAUCACAACAAAUCACCGACAUUCAGAAACAGGCUUUGAAAACAGUGCUGGUUCGAGGGAUUCGAGCUGCAACUCAUGAUUUUUAUGAAGAGUGCUCAUCCCACCAUAGUACACCUUUUGUAGAGUGCAUGGAGCUUGUGAGAAACUCUGCUACGAGGUUUAAAUGCCUUACACCUUCUAUGCUUGUUGUAAAGCAGAAUUAUUUUACACAAGAUUUCGCAACACUAUCAAUAGGGCUUGUCUGGUUGCGUUGGGUCAAGUUUCCUGAGAGAUCUCUUCCACCGUGGCUUUCCUUAAAGAAAUUAAGAGUCCUAGAGCUUCCAAACGCUGAUUUCUUGGAAGAAUUGUGGAGUGAAACUGCUAAUCUUCCUUUGGAACUGAGAGAGCUGAAUCUGGUAGAUGCCCGAUGUUUUCUCAGACUUCCGAGGUCAAUAGGAUGUCUACAACAUUUGAGAAAGAUAUCCUUGACCGGCAGGAUAAGGAAAGCUGACAAUCCUAUUGACAGUCUUCCAGAAGAGUUUUGUCUUCUCCAAUCCCUGGAGCAUCUCCAAUUGAGGGCAUGUCGAAAGCUAACAAUGCUGCCGAGCAAUUUUGGCAAAUUGAAAAACCUGCGGCAUCUAGAUUUGAGGUAUUGCACGGAGCUCAAGAUGUUGCCUGAUUCUUUUAAGCAACUCUCACAUCUGCAGUAUAUCAAUUUUGGAUACUGUCAUAAGCUCCCCAUCACAUCAGAAAACAACUAUAUUCUGGAAAAUAUGACUAAGCUGGAGACUUUGGAUUUUUCAGAAUGUGAAAAGUUGCAGAAUCUACCUCUGCACAUAACAAAUCAGUUGGCUCUGAGAUAUCUUGAUGUGGUUGGCAGCAGGCUAACAGAAUUGCCAAGAAACAUCGGUCUACUGAGCAAAUUGGGAGUGCUGAAAAUAGGGAGUGACUUAUUGACAAAUUUGCCAGGUUCCAUUGGGAAUUUGUACUCCUUGACUAGACUGAAGAUCGAUGGGUGUAAUAAUUUAGUGUCUUUACCAGAGUCUAUUGGGCACUUGUCCUCCUUGAUUCGUCUCAAGAUUGGCUUCUGUGAAAAGUUAGGAUCUUUACCUGAGUCUAUGGGAAAUUUGUCCUCCUUGACUAGUCUUCAAAUUUACAACUGUAACGAAUUGAAGUCUUUGCCUGAUUCCAUCUGGAAUUUGACCUCCUUGACUAGUCUUGGAAUUUCUUGCUGUAAGAAGUUGGGAUCUUCACCUCAGGUCCUGGGUAGUCUUAAUAUGUUAGAGGAACUAAGCAUAAAGUCACCCCCAAAGAAAUUUCUGGCAAAAUCAACUGCACAGAGUAGUAACACCCAAAGAAGUCUGGGUAUGGACCACCGCCCAAUUACAGAACUGCCUUUCCUAUCGGGGUCUUUUUCUUCUUCGUUGUACAACCUCAGGUUCAUAUAUGUCUGCAAUACUCUUGUGUCGAGGAUAUCAAUAUCUCAACACUGUUGCCCCAAUCUGGAAACUCUAUACCUUUACAGAAAUGACCAUUUAGUAGAGAUCGACACUCUGCCAAUAUCAGUCAAGGCUAUAAAGUUGAGCAAAUGUAAAAUGUUGAAGAGUAUAACUGGUAUUUGUGGUAUGGUAAACCUUGAGAAACUGUCUAUACAGGAGUGUUGGGACAAGUUAGAUGAGUUUCCAAGUUUUUCAGAACUAGUCUCACUUAAAGAAAUUGAAGUCAUAGAGGUUGCUGACCUACCAAAGAAAAUAGAAGGCUGGGAAAGUUGCAGAUCUUUGGAGAGGUUGAUAGCACUCACUCACUGGAAGGUGGCAGACAUACGAAAUUUGGAGCAUAUGGACAGACUGAGAACUCUAGUGCUAUCAGCAGCAUGUAACAUAUCAGCAAUUGAACCUUGUCUUCAAACUAUAAAGAAAUGGCCAUCUGAAAGUAUAACAUGCGCAAGGACAGAGCGUAGCGUGGAGUCGUUCGUGAAGUCUUUUGUCUUCUCUGGCCUGACUUUGGUUGAUUCAUGCAUGGAGAAGAUCAAUAAUAAUAUUAGCACUGUGUUGAGCUUGAAAUGCGGGCAGAGGACUUGUUCUUCCAAUGCAGCAGCGAUAGUGUGUUUUGAUAUAUAUUCCUUUUCUGGAGACACGUAUCUCCAUUUGAAGAACAGGAAAAAUUAUUGUUUGGAAGACAUCCCUAGAAUGAGAGUGGGAGAAGGAAAUUGGGUAUGGAUUGGUGUUUUCACACAACCUUCUCUCUGGCUUUUGACAGAGGAGUACAAACUAAUCAAAGAGGACUGGAGUUCUCGAACUGAGCUGAAUCCACUUGAUGAUAAAGUUAGGGGAAUGUUAGUGAUGGGUGAUCAGGAGAAAGUUGUGCAGGGUUUGAAAAAAUUGUUGCUACAUUUUGGGGAUGUGAACAAAAUUUAA